AUGUCGCUAACUGUGAAAAUCGUGCAAUUUCAAUUGCCAAAGGCGAAAUCAAAUUUAAUCGCACGUGUCGAAUUUCGUGGUGUUGCCCACAUAACAUCAGAGCUCAAUGCAGAUUCAAGCAUCAUUGAUGUUAAUCAGUCUUUCAUUUGGCCGCUAGCACGUCCGGCCACAGAUGAAGAGCCACUCUUCGUCGAAUUGCGCACUCAAACCACAAAGACGUUGCUACGCACUGGUCUCAGUCAUGCAUCCGGCGGUUUGAUGGGUGGCGGUGGGAGCAGCGGCAGUGGUGGCAGCAUGAGCGGCAUCAUCAGCAGCAGUAGCAAAUGUGUUGGUCAAUAUAUUGUCUUGAUGCAAGGUUUAAUCAACAGCGGUUACAUACACAUUGAAGACCAAAUGGUGGAUAUAUCGUCGAAUAAGCCUAUACAGGUACUUGUUGUAUUCGAGGCGAGAUACACAUCUCCCGACGAUGCUGCUGGUAACUUUGAGCCGACCAAUCUGGUGCGACCCAUACAGGAGCAGCAGAAUAUUAGCUGUAGCAGCCAAAGUUUGGACGAUGAUCAACAGAUGCUUCUCGACAUCGAACAGAACAUAGCGAAUCUGGAGCGUAGUUUGAAUCGAGAAUCGGGUGGUUAUGCUACCUCCGGCGCUGGUACUGCUUCCAGCGGCAGUGAAUCACAUGGCACACAAAAGAAACGUCAUUUGCUGCGACGCGUCAUGACCGCUGCGCAACAUAGUACCACCAGCGUCUCAUCAAGUCGCCAAAGAAUCGAAUUAAAAUUUGAUAAAUUCGGUAAAUCACCGACAGCUGGUCGCAGCGGUAGUGUUACCACUCUUCUCACCACCACACCCAACGCAAAUGCCACCACUACCAUCACGACAGCAACAGCGACGGGCAAUAGCAGCGCCAGCGCACUUGCUGCUGCUAUGCGCGGCAGCGAAAGUUCACAACCUAAAGAGAAGAAACUUUCCAUGCGUGCGGUGCGCAAUAUUAUGCGUUUGGGACGUAGCAGGCAGACAUCGCAGUCGCGCGAAAGUAGCACCGAGGAUGAAGGCAGAUCGCCGCUGAUUUUCGAACCAGAUGCCGCUCCCACCACAGCCACUUCAGCGACUGAAGCCGAAACAGAUGAUGCAUUGCCCACACGCCGGCUGAUAGUAGAGGGCAGAGACGCUGCGGGUAUUCCUACAAAGACAGCAGGUGCUGACAGUGGCCAAUCGAAUCAGUCAAGCGAUGUUGAGGAGCUACAGUACUAUGACAAAGGCAAAAUGAUCAAAUCAAUGACACGCGCUACUGACCAUCUCAAGUCGCAGGAUUUCCAAGUUUGCAUCACCAUAAUUGAGGCACGUCAGUUGCCUGGCCUCAAUAUGGAUCCAGUUGUAUGCAUUCAAGUGGGUGAUCAAAAGAAAUACACGAGCGUGAAGGAGAGCACCAAUUGUCCUUAUUACAAUGAGUAUUUUGUGUUUGACUUUCACAUGCCGCCGGUGAUGCUUUUUGAUAAAAUUAUAACCUUGUCGGUAAUACAAGCAAGGAAAUUUUUACGAUCUGGCACACUCGUGGGUUCCUUUAAGAUUGACUUAUCGACUGUUUAUGAUGCGCCGGAUCACCAAUUCUACCACAAAUGGGCGUUGCUCUCCGAUCCAGAUGACUUUUAUAGUGGCCCAAAAGGUUAUUUGAAAUGUGAUAUUGGCAUAAUUGGCAAAGGUGAUACCGUGAAGGUGCCUCAAAAAUCUGAAAAAGAUCCUGAUGACAUCGAAGCCAAUCUACUGCUACCCGUUGGCGUACCCAUUGAGCGUCAACGUGCCAAGUUUAUUGUGAAAAUAUACCGCGCUGAUGGUUUACCUCGCAUGAAUUCUUCGCUUAUGGCGAAUGUGAAGAAAGCCUUUACUGGCGAAUCAAAAGAUUUGGUCAGCCCCUAUGUGCAAGUCUCCUUCGCAGGGCUGAUGGGGAAAACCACAGUCAAGAAGAAUGCGUAUGCACCAGUUUGGAAUGAACAAUUGGUGUUUACCGAAAUGUUUCCACCACUAUGCCAGCGUAUUAAGAUUCAACUGCGUGAUGCUGAUCCCAUGAAACCUGCCAUUAUCGGCACCCAUUACAUUGAUCUCAAACAAGUAUCCAAUGAUGGCGAUAGAGGCUUUCUUCCCACUUUCGGUCCCUCGUUCAUACAUCUCUAUGGAUCUACACGCGACUAUACGCUACUCGAUCAACACUCUAACCUAAACACUGGCUUGGGUGAAGGAGUCAGUUAUCGCGCACGUCUACUAAUCGCUAUACGCACUGAAAUUACCGACAACAUCGAAAUGACUACAGAGAAAAAUGUUGAACUCGAACCGGCAUACCCGAUUUCGGAGUCCUCCUACUCACGCAAUGAGGAAUUUUUCCUUUUCGGUUCUAUUAUAGAAGCAUCAAUGUUGGAUAAGAAAGUCAGCGAUAAGACGGUGUUCUUUGAGUUGAGUAUGGGUAAUGCGGGUAACUCGCUAGACGGUCAUAAUGAAAGCUUCUCGACGGCCACAGAAGAUGGUGAGGACGGCUGUGUGCUGGAAACGGUCGACACAACUUCAUUCAGCAGCGUUACAAACGCUUGUAAGCCCAUCAGCCACGAUAAGUCACAUUAUUAUCUGCCUUACUGGGACUACAAACCAUGCAUGGAUGUGAGAUGUACACUGCCAGAUCUGAGGCGUCGUAUGUACAAUAGUAAUAUGCUAUCGAAAAUGUCAGAGAAACUGGAAGAGGGCUUGACGAAGACAAGUAAACUUAUUGAGGAGGAAGACGUUAAGGCAGAGGUGCGUCUACGUGCCACUCUUGAGGACCUAGCAUCAGCAUGUACGCGCUAUCUUAGUAUAACGAAAGCGAAUGCAGUUGGACCGGGCAGCGGCAAGACAAAGUUGGACAAAGAGCGCAUUAAACUAUGCCAAAGUGAAAUAGAAAAUCUUGGCAACUUGGCACGAAAUCUGCGCGCUUUGGUAACGCGCAGUUCGCUCAAGGAACGCUUUAAAACCGCACAAACGUUCCAACAAAAACUGAAAUUUCUUAUCGACGAUCCUCAACACUCGUUACCGGAUAUUUUUAUAUGGCUUAUUGCCAAUGGUAAGCGUUAUGCCUAUCAUCGUAUGUCCGCCCGCGAAUUGAUUUACUCUAACAUGGAAGAAGAGUGUGGCGUGCACUGCGCUAAGAUACAAACCAUAUUCUUAAGAUUGCCUGGUAAUCAAUCGAUAGGGCCAGCUAGCUGGUUUAUACAAGCUAAACUAUCUAUUUAUUUGUGGUUGGGCGUUGUCGGUCAUAAGGGGCAUUUCUUCGAGGGUCUGCCCAUCGGUUAUGAUCUAUCACAUGAGCUGCGCAAUGCGGAGAGACCAGGCGCAAUGGCGCCUAAUAACAUACAUUAUCUUGAGAAAUCUACCUUUCAACUGCGCGCACACAUUUAUCAAGCGCGCUCGCUUAUCGGCUCCGACGCUUCCGGUCUCAGUGACCCAUAUGCCACGGUCUAUAUUACUGAAUUUGCUAAGACCACACAAGUUAUCGAGGAAACAUUGAGCCCUACUUGGGAUGAGCUACUGGUCUUUGAUGAAAUUCUAGUCUUCGGCACAAAAGAUGAAAUCAAGAAAGAUCCACCCACCAUUAUUAUAGAGAUUUAUGAUCAAGAUAAAGUCGGAAAAUCUGAGUUCAUUGGACGCGCUAUUGCGAAACCACGUGUAAAGCUACGCGAUAAUGCUUACACUACGCCCACGCUAGAAUGGUUUGACAUUGUGCGUGGACAUGAGAAUGCCGGUGAAUUGUUGGCCGCUUUCGAGAUGCUUGAAAUUGGUUCCACCGAUAUGCCACGUCUCACCGAGCCCAAACAACUGCCAAGCAGUCAACAGGAGAAAAUUAAAGAGAAAAAUUCGUCACCACCACCGGGUACCAUUUUUCCAGUGCCAAAAGAGGUGCGCCCGCACUUGGCGAAAUUCAAAUUAGAAGUGCUCUUCUGGGGCUUGCGCGAUCUAAAGCGUGUGCACUUAAUGUCGGUCGAUAAACCACGCAUCGAUGUUGAAUGCUCGGGAAAAAUACUCAGCUCAAACAUUAUACAGAAUGCAAAGAAAAAUCCGAAUUUCCCUAGCAUGCUGAAAUCAAUAGAAUUGGAGUUGCCACUCGAGGAAACCUAUGCGCCUCCAAUAACUAUACGUUGUGUAGACUGUCGCUCGUUCGGUAGAUAUACUUUGGUGGGCACCCAUCAGAUCACUUCUAUACAUCGUUAUAUUUACAAACCACCACCGAAAGAGGACAUCACCAAAUACAAAACAAUGGGUGGUCAGAUUAUACUAUCCGCACCGUUGAAUGAGGACAGCUUGAGUAAUCUCGUCGAUGGCUUCAAUAUGCAAGCGAUGAUAGCGGCCAAUGCGCAACAAGCUAAUAUGAAGGACUUUUAUGGUAAUCGCCGUUCAUCCUGUGAUCAAUUUACACUCUACGGUGCGGCAUGUGUUACAAAGCUCGCCAAAAAGCAGGCAUCGAAGAAGAAGGGUUCCCAAAAUAGUAACCUUAAUGAAAUAUUAAAGGAUCAGGAUCAAGACGACGAGCUUAGUCGCGAUUGGUGGACCAAAUAUUUUUGGUCCUAUGAAAGACUUAUCGAUUUAACAAAAACGGAAAAGUCACACACCUCCGAAAAAUUUCUAACUCCACCGCCCAAUACCACACCCACCAAUGUGCAAAAAUUUGGUAUGAAGGGAGCUAAACUAGUGCAAAAAUUGAGCCCAAAAGGUAUGGCUGGCGUGACGCGCGGCAAGCAUGAUCCUAGCAGCGAAAAGGUGUCACCGAACCAGCAAACUAAUAGGACGAGCAUGAACUCUACGGCUGUAUGUCAGAUAUAUCCCAACGAGCUGGAGGCCCAACCGGAAUAUAAUAAUUUUCGCGAGUGGCUGCACUCAUUUCCACUCUAUCGCGGCAAAAAGACUGGCGACUCCACCGAAGAUGAUAACCGUACAGUUGGCUUCUUUAAAGGUGCCAUAAAAGUCUACAGACUUCCACCGCCAAAAGGCACUGAGUUGCCUGUACCCAACCUACCCGCCAAUGAUCCCCUUCACGUACUUGUACGUGUUUACAUAAUCAAAGGCACAGACUUGCAUCCCAUGGACUUGAAUGGCAAAGCGGAUCCAUACGUUGUGCUGCAACUGGGUAAUAAGAGAAUAUCCGAUAAGGAGAACUACGUCAGCAAACAACUGAAUCCGAUAUUCGGUAAGUGUUUCGAGGUGGAAGUAACAUUCCCACAGGAUUCAAUGCUGACCGUGCAAAUAUUAGACUGGGAUUUGGUGGGAUCUGAUGAUCUAAUCGGUGAGACGAGAAUCGAUUUAGAAAAUCGCUAUUAUAGCAAACAUCGCGCAACGUGUGGAAUUGCUUUGAGAUAUGAAGUCUGUGGUUAUAACCAAUGGCGUGACCCUAUGAAACCCACGCAAAUACUCUCGAAACUGUGUAAAGAAAACAAAUUGGAUACGCCACAUUAUUUUCAAGACCGUGUGGCAAUCGGCAAAUAUUGUAUGACCUUCUCCGAUGAGGAAGUAAUAGCAUGGAAUGGCCCAACCACAUGCAGAAAUCGCGAUGAACAUCUGGCUUUGGCGGUGCUGCAUAGGUGGAGUGAAAUACCCAAAGUGGGUUGCAAGAUUGUUCCCGAAUAUAUCGAAUCACGUCCAUUAUAUAAUCCCGAAAAGCCUGGCAUUGAGCAGGGUAAAAUUGAAAUGUGGGUCGAUAUGUUUCCUAUGGAUAUGCCGCUACCAGGUCCACCAGUGGACAUAUCACCACGUAAGCCCAAAGAAUAUGAGUUGCGCGUGGUAAUAUGGAAUACAGACGAUGUGGUGCUGGAAGAUGAUGCCUUCUUCACGGGCGAAAAGAUGUCUGACAUUUAUGUAAAAGGCUGGCUCACAGGUCCGCAGGAUAUGCAAUCUACAGAUAUACACUAUCGUUCGCUCACCGGCGAAGGCAACUUCAAUUGGCGUUUCAUCUUCCCCUUCGAAUACUUGGCGGCUGAGGAACGCAUUGUGCUCUCAAGACGCGAAUCACUAUUCAGUUGGGAUGAGACGGAGGUAAAAAUACCAGCACGUUUGGAAUUACAAGUAUGGGAUGCGGAUCACUUCUCUGCUGAUGACUUUCUUGGUGCUAUUUCUUUCAAUCUGAAUCGUUUUCCGCGUGGCGCCAAAACUUCUAAACUCUGCACGCUGGAUAUGCUCAAGUCAGAUACGGCAUUGCCCACGGUGAAUAUUUUCAAGCAGAAACGGGUGCGUGGUUGGUGGCCAUUCUAUGUGAAGAAACAGAAUGAGGAAAUGGAGCUAACCGGCAAGGUGGAAGCAGAGUUCCAUUUGCUUACAAAGGAAGAAGCCGAACAGAACCCCGCGGGUUAUGGGCGCAGUGAACCGGAUCCGCUGGAGAAACCAAACCGCCCCGACGCCUCGUUCAUGUGGUUCCUAAAUCCGCUCAAAUCUAUACGCUACAUCGUCUGGCACAAUUACAAAUGGGCUAUUCUCAAGGCACUGCUGUUGUGCGGUAUUUGCUUGUUCUUAAUACUCUUUGUUUAUUCAGUGCCCGGAUACUCAGUCAAACGUUUGUUGGGGGCCUAAGAAAGAAAAUAUAUCCAAAGGAGUGCAGAUUUCGGAUCAAGCACUGACGACAGUAAGACUAGCUUUUGGCGUUCGAGUUUUAGCAGUCACACAAUUUCCUAUCAAUUAUCAUAAGUAGGAAGAUUUGAAAACUCUGAUACACAUACAUAUAUUCGCCUAUCAGCUUUUCUAAACAAAUAUUUUUCUUUCAAACAUUAGGAUACUGCUUUCCUGCGUUAUAAUAGUAUAAUUAGAUUUGAUUAGAUUA